AUGGCAGCUUCAAGAACUCUCAGGAUAGGUCUCAUUCCCGGUGAUGGUAUUGGCAGAGAGGUGAUUCCAGCUGGUCGUCGGCUGCUGGAAGCUCUCCCAGCUUCGCUUGGUCUUAAAUUUUCCUUCGUUGAUUUGGAUGCUGGCUUCGAAACCUUCAAGCGCACUAAGACCGCAUUACCCGACAAAACGGUGGAAACGCUGAAGAAGGAAUGCGAUGGUGCGCUUUUCGGAGCUGUUAGCUCCCCGACCUCCAAAGUAGCUGGAUACUCCUCCCCCAUCGUUGCUCUUCGCAAGCGUCUAGAUCUCUAUGCAAAUGUUCGACCGGUGAAGACCACACCGGGUGCCAAUAUUCCUGCGCCAAUUGACCUUGUGAUUGUCCGUGAAAACACAGAGGACCUCUACGUCAAGGACGAAAAGACAUUUGAGACUCCCGAGGGCAGGGUAGCAGAAGCUAUCAAGAGAAUAUCCGAACGUGCUUCCUCUCGCAUUGCUACUAUUGCCGGUGAGAUUGCGCUUCGCCGACAGGGUAUUCGCCAAGAAGGCCAGGCGGCCCCCCGUGUAGGCCCCAUGGUCACAAUUACCCACAAGAGUAACGUGCUUAGCCAGACCGAUGGACUAUUCCGUGAAGCUGCACGGAAGGCAUUAGCUCAGGAGAAGUUCUCCAGUAUCGACAUUGAAGAGCAAAUCGUCGACUCUAUGGUGUACAAGCUCUUCCGCCAGCCAUCGUACUACGAUGUGAUUGUUGCACCCAACUUGUACGGAGACAUUCUCUCUGAUGGGGCUGCUGCUCUUGUCGGCAGCUUGGGCCUAGUCCCCAGUGCCAAUGUUGGCGAUGGGUUUGCCAUCGGCGAGCCCUGCCAUGGUAGCGCUCCUGACAUCGAAGGCAAGGGCAUUGCCAAUCCCAUUGCGACGCUUCGCAGUGCAGGACUCAUGCUAGAGUUUCUGGGCGAACCGAAGGCGGCAGCGAAGAUUUAUGCUGCUGUUGAUGCAAACCUGGAUGAGGGGGAAUAUUUGUCCCCAGAUUUGGGUGGGAAAGCGACCACGGAACAAGUCCUUGAGGACGUUCUCAGACGCCUUUAA